ACAAACUCAGAGCCAGAUAGCUUCGGAGCGGCAAGGAAUCUGCUAAAUCUGAAAAUUUUAUUGGACUUUCCAUUUCAAUAAUCGGCCGAUUAAUCGUCUAGGUGGGCGAUUUUUUGAACACAGCCAAUCAAUCGAGUAAAUUUGUUUAUCUCAUCAAUGGCGAUGAAACCCAGUCGCCAUUUUUGCCCAACCAUUAUCACAAAGACGAAGCUAGUAUACUCGUUUCAAAGCUCCUUCUGCUUCCACUUCUUAAGGUACAGUUCUAAUGGUAUAAUUGCCUCUGGUUCGAGUAGUGAUCAAACCCAAUCGAAAAGAUUUAGCUUUUUUCCUGUGAACAAACUAAAAAUCGGGCAAGGAGAUUGUGUCCAAUCAGAGUGGACUACGAAGAAAGAGAGUAGAUACUCGUUGGCAGAAAUGACUCUUCCCGAACCGGAGCUAAGGAGGUUGAGGAACCUGACGUUUAGAACAACAAGUAAGAUGAAGAUUCGAGGAGCAGGUGUGAAUCAGGUGGCAGUGGAUUCAAUUAAGGAGAAGUGGAAGAGCUCAGAGAUUGUGAGAUUGAAGAUUGAAGGAGCAAGUGCGCUUAACAUGAGAAAGAUGCAUGAGAUAUUAGAGAGAAAAACUGGUGGUUUGGUGAUUUGGAGGUCUGGGACUUCCAUUUCUUUGUACAGAGGUGUCAGUUACGAGCUUCCAGCAGGAAAAUGGAACAACCAAAAAAGAGAGGAGACAUCACCUUCUUCUUUACCUGAAACUACAACUAUGGUUGCUAAUAAUGAUGAACAAGUGCAUUUAUCUCAGCUAGACCAGGAGACAACUAGUGGGGAAAAGAAAGACCAGACAUCUCAACCAGAAGUAGAAUAUGAAGAUGAAAUUGAUGAACUGUUAGAUGGUCUUGGUCCUAGGUUCAUGGACUGGACUGGAGAUAAUCCAUUACCUAUAGAUGCUGAUUUGCUUCCAGACGCCAUUCCUGGUUACGAACCGCCUUUCAGGGUACUUCCUUAUGGAGUGAGAUCAUCUCUGGGACCAAAGGAGGCAACAGCUUUGAGAAGACUUGCCAGAUUUCUUCCUCCACACUUUGCUUUAGGUCGAAGUAGGCAGCUCCAAGGCUUGGCAACAGCAAUGGUUAAGCUAUGGGAAAAGAGUAUGCUUGCAAAGAUUGCGUUUAAACGUGGCGUACAAUUGACCACCAGUGAGAGAAUGGCUGAAGACCUCAAGAAGCUGACAGGAGGCAUAAUGCUCUCUAGGAACAAAGACUUCUUAGUUUUCUACAGAGGAAAAAACUUUUUGUCACGAGAAGUAGCUGAUGCAUUGGUGGAGCACGAAAGAUUUGCAAGGACUUCGCAAGACGAUGAAGAACAAGCACGGUUAAGAGGUUCAUCGGCUUUUAUUGUCCCAAGUACUGAACCUACAAAAAAACUUGUUUCUGCUGGUACUCUUGAUGAAACUCUUGACGCGACUGGUAAGUGGGGAAAGAAUCUAGAUGAUGAUCAUCAUGCAGAGGAAGUGAAACAAGAGGUUGAGAAAUUGAGGCAUGAAAAUCUUGUCAGGAAGCUGGAAAAGAAACUUGCUUUUGCUAAGAGAAGGCUGUUGAAAGCUGAACGUGGUUUGGCUAAGGUGGAAGAGUGUCUAAAGCCAGCAGAGCAGAGAGCAGGCCAAGAAAGCAUAACUGAUGAAGAGAGAUUUAUGUUCCGCAAGCUCGGUUUAAAGAUGAAGGCAUUCUUACUUCUAGGUAGGCGAGGAGUGUUUGAUGGUACGGUGGAGAACAUGCACUUACACUGGAAAUACAGAGAGCUAGUCAAAAUUAUAGUGAAGGCUAAAACUUUUGACGGUGUAAAGAAAGUAGCAUUAGCUCUUGAAGCCGAGAGUGGCGGUAUCUUGGUUUCUAUUGACAAGGUCUCAAAAGGUUAUGCCAUUAUCGUGUACAGAGGAAGAAACUACAAGCGUCCUCCCAUGUUGAGGCCAAAGAACCUUUUGACAAAGCGGAAGGCUUUAGCGCGUUCCAUUGAGCUCCAAAGACGCGAGGGUCUUAUAAAACACAUUUCGGCUAUACAUGCAAGGGCAGAACAGCUGAGAGCUGAAAUUGAACUGAUGGAGAAGGUAGAAGACAAGGGAGAUGAAGAUUUAUACAACAAGCUUGAUGUGGCUUAUGCUUCUAGCGACGAGGAGACAGAAGGGGCAGAUCUAAGUGCGGAGCAAGUUCUGGGGGUAGAAGCCCAGUUUGGGGCUUAAGAAUUUAAAAUUUAGGAACCUUUUUUGUAUAAAAAUUAAAUUGGUUAAGAUUGUCAAUAGAAAAUGUGUCAUGAUUUUA